UCUAUCUAUCCUAGGGGAACAUGAACACAGCACUUUUGUGUUCACUCCAUGUAGCAGUGCAGUCAACGUCUGCAACCAGACUAGCGUCAAGUCUAAAAAUGCCCGUAGAUUUGAGCCAGUGGACCGGGCCUCUUGCCCUGCCGGAGGUCGAGGAGAAGCCGGCACAGCCUCUGACUGUUAAAUACGACUCUGUGGAAAUCGACGAACUUGGCAAAGUGCUCACGCCAACACAGGUGCAGAAUCGACCCACUUGCUUGGAGUGGGAAGGCUGUGACUCCAGUAAGUUGUACACUCUGGCCCUCACCGACCCUGACGCUCCCAGCAGGAAAAACCCCAAAUUUAGGGAGUGGCACCACUUUCUGGUUGUCAACAUGAAAGGGAAUGAUGUGUCCUCUGGCUGCGUCUUAUCGGACUACGUGGGCUCAGGUCCUCCCAAGGGCACAGGUCUCCACAGGUAUGUGUGGCUGGUGUAUGAGCAGCCAGGCAGCCUGUCCUGCACAGAGCCCGUCCUUACCAACCGGUCUGGAGACUGCCGCGGCACAUUCAAGAUCCAGAGUUUCAGGCAGAAAUACAACCUUGGAGCCCCGGUGGCAGGAACCUGCUACCAGGCCGAGUGGGACGACUACGUCCCCAAACUGUAUGAGCAGCUGGCCGGAAAAUAAA